AUGAGGAUACAGGGACAGCCUGAGGGCGCAAGGAGGCGCCUGGAUUUAAAUGCACUUGGGGAGCUCAGGGGAGUGGAGAUCAUCCGUGGUCGAGCAGGAUAUGGUUUUACUAUUACUGGACAGAGGCCAUGUUUGUUGAGUGGCAUCCUGGAGGGAAGUCCUGCUGACCUGGUGGGACUCAAACAAGGGGAUCGCAUCAUGGCUAUCAACGGAACAGACGUGUCCGCUGCUUUGCAUGAGACUGUUGUGCAGCUGAUCGGCAGCUGCAAAGGACCGUUGGGGUUGGUGGUGCAUGCUGACAGCAGAAUAAUGGGGAACCCCAUCCUUCAUGAUGAAAAAUUCGGGAUUGGGAAUAAAGGGGGGUUUUACCAGAAGGCUCCUGUUCUUCGCACUAUCUCUCACGAUUCAAGCAAUUCCUCCUUCAACGCGAGUCACGCUGUCACCCCUAGACAGAGGCCUGUGUCUGAGCCCGACAUGUCCCAGUGGUCCCAGCAGUGGAGUAUGGUCACUGGGCAACCCAAGGAGGAAACGUCUAGCGUGGGGUACUCAGACUCUGUGUUUACAGACCCAGAGGACGCCAGCCCAGACUGGGGUAUUUUAAACAUGACCUUGGUGGUGGGCUACCUGAGCUCCACAGAGCUGAUUUUGAACACUACAGAAUCAGAGGAGGACUGUUUAAAGGCCAUCCGGGAGCGAAUACGACAGUUGGGAACAGAGCAGGAUACCCACACGCUGGUGUUGAUGAAAAUUAUGUUUGACUGCGUCCGCCUUUGUGACGACACAGGAGCCGUCUUGGCAGCCCUCCCCGCUGAGAACCUCGUCUUGGGGGCUGUGUGUGCUGAAGACCCUCGGUUCUUUUGCCUGGUCACUACAGCACAUAUAAUAGAUGGCCAUGUACCAGAGGAUGGUCCUCUUCGGGCCUCCUGCCAUGUGUUCUUCAUGGACCCAGAGCUGGGAAGCCACGAGGACCACAAAGGGAUCGCUGGACGCUUUGGCUUUGAGUGCACUCCAGAUCCAGAUGCCGUGGGCUGCCUGGAAUUCCCUCAGACUCCCCCCGAUGUCCUUCACUUUGUCACCGUCCUGUACAGUGACAUGGGAGAGCCCGUGGAGAGGCUCAGAGGAAAACUGGACACGGAGGCUCAGCAGCAAGCCAAGGCGAAUGGCAGCACUGACAAACAAGGCAGCGCCAGCAGCAAUGGGGACAGUGGGAUUGGGAAUGCCUCCCCCCCUGAGGAGCGAACGGAUAGGGAUUUCCCUCCUGCAAUCCAAAACCACCCUGGGGCCCACCUCCCCAGCUGUCCGUGGGAUUAUCCUCCGACUGAAGACCUUACCCCAAUAAACCUCUCUGAGAAUGGACAAAAACUUAAUCCAGAGAACAGUGCCAGCACACAUUCCCUUUCGGAAUCUCUACCUGGUCCCGAUUCCCUAACCGGCUUUUACGGAGGCCCCCCACCCAGGCUCGAAUUCCAGUUCAAGCCCCCACCACCUCCUCUGCCUUUGGGUAAAAAAAACAACAUCUUCGGAGAGUCUUUCAGAGGAAGCCAAAGGUGGUUCACUAAGCAGAAGUGGCCUAAAGCCCCGAACGAUGACCCUGAGCCUCCGGUGAUGCUCCCCACCAACUGUUCCUCGUGCAUUAACCUUAGCUCAGGCACGAAUAACCUGCCGCCCGCCAUGUACCAGAUUCCUUCAGACAGAUACCAGUCGGCAGAGGUCAUGAUGCUGCCUCCCAGAGAGGAAUGGACCAACAGGUUUCUGGAGCAGAGGGAGAAACAGCGGAAAGAUGGAAGCAACAAACAUGGCUCCAGGUUUUGGGGCGGGGGUGCUCGUGCCUCAAAGCGCCGCUCUGCCAAACGUCUCAGCCUGGCACGGUCACUGGACGACCUUGAGUCUGCUGCUUCUUCAGAUGGCGACUACAGUGGAGUCCAGUUGCAGGGAUGCUGCAGCCAGAGCAGCCUGAACAGCAAUGGCAGUCUUCCAGGAGCGGGCAGCCGCCGGGGGGUUCCAGAGCAGCGCGUGGCCAGCUGGGCCGCCUGCUUCGAGCGGCUCCUCCAGGAUCCAGUGGGCGUGCGCUACUUCUCGGAAUUUCUCAAGAAAGAAUUCAGUGAGGAGAAUAUCUUGUUCUGGCAGGCCUGUGAAUACUUCAGUCAUGUCCCAGCAACUGAUAAAAAGCAGCUGUCCCAGAGAGCAGGAGAGAUCUACAACAGCUUCCUGUCCAGCAAGGCCACCAUGCCGGUCAACAUCGACAGCCAGGCCCAGCUGGCUGACGACGUCCUCACCUCCCCUCGCCCCGACAUGUUCAAGACCCAGCAGCUACAGAUCUUCAACCUGAUGAAGUUCGACAGCUAUUCCCGAUUCCUCAAGUCCUCCCUCUACCAGGAGUGCGUGCGUGCUGAGGUGGACGGUCAGCCCCUGCCGGACCCCUACCAGAUCCCCUGCAGCCCGGCGCCGUCCAAACACAGCGCCAGCUCGGACCGCUCCAGCCUGUCCACUCCGAAGAAGGAGGUCAGAAAGCAGAGGUCAGGGAGGUCACUGAACGAAGAGAGCAAAGACGAAAGCGCCGACAAGAAACGUGGGAUCUUCUUCUCGUGGUCCCGCAACAGGAGCUUUGGGAAGGGCCCAAAGAAGAAGGAAAUCGGAGACAUUAACCUCGACUACUACAGCAAUGGGCGGAGGGAAUCCCAGGGCUCCUUGUCGUCCGGUACCAGUCUGGAGAUGGCCACUUCCUGCUCCGCCGGCAAGAUUGAGUCGGAUAAUCGCCACUCAGUCUGGGAACGCUCCCCCAAACAAUGCAGCGUGAUUCUGCCCAACGGCUCCUGCUCCUCCAUCAGUCUUCGGCCCGGCGCCUCCAUCAGGGACGUCCUCCAUGAUCUCUGCAAGAGCAUCAGCGUCAACAUCGCAGCCGCCGACCUGUUCCUGGUGGGAGGGGAGAAGCCUUUGGUGUUGGACCAGGACUGCAUGACCCUCAGCUCACGAGACCUCAGGCUGGAGAAGCGAACCUUGUUCAGAUUGGACCUGGUUCCCAUUAACCGCUCCGUGGGCCUGAAAGCCAAACCCACCAAACCAGUCACUGAGGUCCUCCGUCCCGUGGUGGCUAAAUAUGGCCUCCACCUCAGCGAUCUUGUGGCCAAGAUAAGUGGACAAACUGAGCCUUUGGAUCUGGGUGCUCCCAUAUCCAGUUUGGACGGCCUGCGAGUUAUUUUGGACAAAGCCGACCAAGCGUCAGGGAAAGACAAAUCCAAGUCUUCCUCUCUCAAAGGUCACCCUCCUACCAGGAGUUUUUCUGCAACAAUACUGGCAAGGUCAGAGAAGACGCUGAGCCACCAGAUGGACCCGUCUCCUCUUUAUAGGAAGAUCCCAGUAAAUCUGGACUCUCAGCUCAGUAGGGGAGAUGAGAGGUCAACACCCAAGGACUUUUCUGGGAGAGCAAGUGGACCAGACUCAGCACUCCCAGGGGAAAAGAGAAAACAGAAAAAGAUUAAUAUAGAUGAAGCUGAAGAAUUCUUUGAGCUGCUGAGCCGGGCGCAGAGCGGCCGAGCCAACGACCAGCGCGGACUCCUGCGCAAAGAAGACCUGGUGCUUCCCGACUUCCUGCGUCUGACCCCACCCGCCUCCUCCUGCUCCGUCUCCUCCGACUUGGCCUGCUCCACUCCUGAAUCACUAAAGCAAGGCAGAGAGAACGGCGUCCCCUCCCGGAACCCCCUCACCUCCAGUCUGCGCUCGGAAAGCCUGGACUCCUCCCUCAGCUCUAGUGCCAACGGACACUCCAGGCGGUGCCUCAUGCCCCCUCCCCGCCACACGACUUUCGGCAUGCACCUGUCCCCCAUCCCCCGGCCCUCAGACACCCGGCCGGGCCUCCGCACCGUGGAGGAGGACACCCACUGCGACCUGACACUCGUGGGCGAGGGCGACAUCAGCAGCCCCAACAGCACGCUGCUGCCCCCGUCGCCGUCCCCCAUGCUGUCCUUCAACAGCAGCCUGCCCGAGGCCAACUUCACUCCACCGCCGCCCUACUCCAAGUCUCAAGACGCAGGUGGAGAGGGAAAGUCCACUUCAGAAAAAACCCCCAACGCAAAAUCACCUGGCGAAAGGGCCGGCGUCCCACAGGAGGUGAUGGACGUGGAGGGGGUGCAUCUCGAGGAGGGGACGCCGGAGCCGCCCCGGGGGGGGGAGGAGUCUGAACUCAGCCUGAGCUUCCAGGGCUACGUGGCCGAGCUGCGGCAGUGCCAGAGCAAGAUGAGGACGGGCCAGCCGCCGCAGAACGGACGCAAUCCACCCGAGGGCAACGACUGCCAGACAGAACUUUACAAGGCCACAAUUGUUUAA